UUAUUCCGAAGCUUUGACAGACCGUAAUUUAACAUUCGUUUAGUAUAAUAUGUUUUUUUAUUUAUUUGAUUAUUAUUUUAGAGGAUUGGAAAGCCCAUUUGAGUCUACUUCAAGAAAAAGUACCUCACUGGAUUGUAUUGAAAGUAUUGGAUGGAAUUGAACACAUUCGAGUUGAUAAAAAGGUUAAAUUUGAAGAAACUGUGGUUAAACAAUUGAAAACUCAUUUUGAUUUAAUCGACUAAAAUUUGGUUAAUUCCAUUUAAACAUUUUAUAAUUAUUUUUAUUUUUCCAUAUUUUAUACAUAAACAAUUUUUCUGUUAAUAAAUUAAUAAUGUAACCAAAUGCAAUUUUUUUUAAAUAUUUGUUUAGUAUAAAAUCAGUGUAGAUGGAUCUAUAACAAAAAGUAAAAAAAAAAGUAGUAAAUUGUACUUUUAAAAUAGCAUACCAAUGAUAAAUAGAUCAUUACUCAAUAGACUUGUUUUAUAUUUUUUCAAUAUGUUGAAUGUAUAUUUAUUUAUACUUAUUAAUACAUAGUUACAAUAUCCACAUACACACAUCAAUAAUAUAUUAUGUAAAAUUAAAUCUUGAAAAUUAUACAAUAUUUGAAUAAAUUUUACUAUAGGUAUAUUGGGUGUUUGAUUUUAUUUUUAGCAUAAAAAUUAAACGAACAGUGUAAACGUAUUAAAAUAUUGUUUUUAUAUUAAUACAUUAUAACAUAAAUAAUAAUAUAUAUUACAUUUUAGAAA